AUGUCAAACGCUAUUCCAGGAGGAGCUACAUCUGCUCCAGAGCAAGAAGGUCACAGACUCCCUACCAAUGUUUAUCCCAGUUUAUAUGAGAUCGCCGUUAAAACCGACUUGAUAGCUUCCCCACCUACUUUCUCCGGAGAAGCAUUCAUUCAUAUUGAUAUCAAUGAAGAUUCACCUUCGAUUUCAUUCCACUUACAUGAUACACUCACCGUUACUCACUUAGCCAUUUCGUCUUCUGAUUUGAAAACCACUUCAAACCUCACUCUUCCCCUCUCAUCAUUGAAACAUAACAAAGAGAACGAUGUCGCAACUCUAGAUUUAUCAAGCUUACCAGGAGGUGGAUUGAAACAAGGUCAAAAAUCAACGAAACUUUUCGUUAGGUUUGAAGCUGAAUUGAAAUCUGCAAUGCACGGUUACUAUAGAAGUGAAGGUGAUUCUGAUGAGAAUGGGAAAAAACCAAUUUACGGUCUCACUCAAUUCGAAGCCACUGAAGCGAGAAAGGCUUUCCCGUGCUGGGACGAACCUCUUGUAAAAUCCAAAUUCUCCAUUUCCAUGAUCGCUCGAGAGAAGAACACCUCACUCAGUAACAUGCCGCAAAUCUCAGAGAAGCCUUGGAAAGCACCCUCAAACGCUUCCAUUGAUAAUGUCUUCAACGACAACUAUGAACUUGGUUCUCUGCUUGGCGGCUCUGUCUCCGUCGGCAAGACCGAGGGAAAGACCGAAGGACAAACCGAAGGUAAAACAGAGGGAAAGACCGAGUCCAGCGAGCAAGGAUGGAAGAUCACCAAAUACGAAACAUCUCCACUCAUGUCUACCUAUCUUGUGGCCUAUGCUUCUGGAGAGUUCGUUUCUCUUGAAUCCGCUCAUCACUCCAAACUCACUGGUAAAACAGUGCCACUCAAGAUCUACGCAACCAAGGAUCAAAUCAAACAAGCUCAAUUCGCUUUGGACAUCAAGAAAUGGGCUUUACCAGUUUACGAGGAGAUUUUCGAUAUCCCUUACGCUCUGCCAAAACUGGACACUUUAGUCGCUCAUGAUUUCGAUGCUGGUGCUAUGGAGAAUUGGGGUUUGAUCACCGGUCGUACUACUGCUUAUCUUUAUGAUCCCGAGAAAUCUCCUCUUUCCGCUAAGAAACGAGUUGCCGUAGUUCAAUGUCACGAGCUUGCUCACAUGUGGUUCGGUGAUAUUGUCACUAUGAAAUGGUGGGAUAACCUCUGGUUGAACGAAGCUUUCGCUACUCUGAUGGGAGAAUUAGUGAUCUUGGAUAGAAUUUGGCCUGAAUGGAAACCUAGAUCUGAAUUCCUCAAAACUCAUUUACAAAGUGCACUUGAUCUUGAUUCACAGAGAUCCUCCCAUCCGAUCGAAGUUGAUUGUCCCGAUUCCAACCAAAUCGCCCAAAUCUUCGAUGCUAUCUCAUACUCCAAAGGCGCUUCAGUACUCCGGAUGUUGGCUAGUGUAGUUGGUGAACCAACUUUCCUCAAAGGUGUCUCAAUUUACCUCAAAAAACACAUUUACGGUAAUGCUGAAACUAAAGAUCUUUGGGCUGGGAUUUCCGAAGCUUCAGGUUUAGACGUAGCUAAAAUCAUGGCCAAUUGGACUUUGAAAGUUGGGUUCCCAGUUAUUAAGGUAGAAGAAACUGGCGAUGGAAAAAUCAAGGUCACUCAAAAUCGAUUCUUAUCAACUGGUGAUGUCAAACCUGAAGAAGACGAAACACUUUGGUAUGUUCCAUUGGAAGUUGCUACUUUGAACAAUGGUAAAGUCGAUGUAGAUCACAAAGCCACUCUUCAAGAACGAUCUGCGACAUACGAUUUGAAAGGAAACGAUUCAUUCAAGCUGAACGCUCAAACAGUUGGUGUUUACAGAGUCUCAUACGAACCUGAACGACUCGUCAAAUUAGGUAAAGAAGCAUCUAAAUAUACGAUUGAAGAUCGAGUAGGACUCCUUUCAGAUGCAGCUACGCUCGCUCGAGCUGGAUAUGCCAAAACAUCAGGAUCAUUAAGUCUGAUCAACGAAAUCGCUAAAGGAGGUGAAGAGGAAUAUUUACCUUGGUCACAAAUCGGUUCUGCUUUAUCAAGAUUAUCAGGUGCAUGGUGGGAACAACCUGAAUCAACAAGAAAAGCAUUCGAUAAGUUCAGAAUCGAUCUGUUCAAACCAUUGAUCGGAAAAUUAGGAUAUGAAGAUAAGAAAGAUGAGUUACCUGAAAUCAAAGAAUUGAGAGAAUUAGUCAUUGGUUCAACUGCUAUUUCAGGUGACGAAGAGGUGUUGAAGGAGAUUAAAGACAGGUUCCAGCCUUUCUUAGAAUCAAAUGACGAUUCCAAGAUAGCGCCAGAUCUUCAAAGAUCAAUAUUCAGAAUGGCGGUUGAACAUGGUACCGCAAAAGAAUAUGAGAAGAUGCUACAAGUCUACAACAAACCACCCAACCCGUCGACUAAAGUUGAUGCAAUGUACGCUCUAUGUUCACCUAGAGAUCCAACUUCGUUAGACAGAACUUUCAGAAUGUUGAGCGAUGGGAGUGUCAAAGACCAAGAUUUAUACAUCUUCUUCUUUGGUCUUUCUGCUAACAAGUACGCUCGACGAGGUCUUGCUGAAUACUUCAUUCGAGAAUACGAUUCUCUCAUGAAACGUUAUCCCGAUGGCUAUGGCGUCAACUAUCUCGUCAAAGGCGCUUUUGCAUCUUUGUCAUCCCAUGAAGAUUUCAAGAUGGUCAAGGACUUUUUCAAGGACAAAGACAUCCGAAAAUACAAGUCUGCUGUUGCGCAAACAUUGGAUUCCAUCCAAGCGGCUGCUGAUUGGGUUGACAGAGAUUCUCAAGAUAUUGAAGAGUGGCUUAAAGAACAUAAAUACCUUUGA